UGCUUUUUCUCCAUUAAAAGCAAACAAGAUUUCUUUUGACCUACGAGUGUUGACGUUGACCAACAAAAGCUACUUACAAUUUAGGCAAAGGAAGGGUAGUUUCGGUACACCCUCGGAAAAUGAUCACUCAAAAUAAGACCGAUAUUACCGAAAAUUAACGCCGGUGACGGAAUCUUCACAUCCCACCAAUCAAAUCCUUCCACGUCAACCUCCCUUCUCCACGUGUCCCCUAUGCAAUGCCUCCUUCACCGACGCCGUCACUUCCCUUCCCGUCCACCGAUAAUAAAACACAAAAUACCGAAAUUUUCCAAAUUUUCCGUUUCUUGUCGAAACCCUAAAUAUCCCCCUUUUUUGAAAUUAUUGAUUUUUUUGGGUCUCCAAUGGAGGAUGGCGAAGAGAUUCAAUCGUACCCGUCGGUUGCCGCUACCGGAUCUCCAUCGCCGUCUUCGCCGUCCAAUGGUCGUGUAACCGUGACGGUAGCAGCCGCACCUCCUCCGAAUUCGCCACCUCCGGAAGAGCCGGGUCAACACGAAAAGGCGAUAGUGCUGGCGCUUCCACCUCCACAGAAGCCGAAGAGCAACGGCGGUGGAAGGGAGGACUGCUGGAGCGAAGCCGCCACGAAGGUUUUGAUUGAUGCGUGGGGAGAGAGGUAUUUGGAGCUGAGCCGCGGGAACUUAAAGCAAAUGCAUUGGAAAGAAGUGGCGGAUAUUGUGAGUAGCAGAGAAGAUUAUACAAAAACUCCGAAGACGGAUAUUCAGUGUAAGAAUCGAAUCGAUACGGUUAAGAAGAAGUAUAAGUCGGAGAAAGUUAAGGUUGCUGCCGGAGGCGGGCUGAGUAAGUGGGUGUUUUUUGAGAAAUUGGAUCAACUUAUAGGAUCCUCCGCCAAGAUUCCUACUAAUUCGGCUUCCCCCGGUGAUGAUGGCGGUGGAAGUGCUGACUUUUUGUCUAAAGUACCGAUGGGGAUUCCGGUCGGGAUCCGGUCCAGUUUGAAUCCAUAUCGAGUUUCUCGAGUUCAAGAAAGACGACAACAACAGUUCCAACAACAAAAGCAACCGAGAAUUGUUGUAUUGAAGAAUCAGAGGAAACAGGGUCUGGUGGACAUGGAUUCCGAGGACGACGAUGACGAUGUGGAUUCGGUCGAUAGUUUACCGCCACCUCGGACAGAAAAAAGGGCAAGAAGGGUGGCUCACAAGGGUGCCAGUUCAGGUGAAAAAAGAAGAAAAUGGGGGAAUUCAUUUAGGGAAAUAACUCAGGCGAUAUUACGGUUCAGCAAGGCGUACGAGCAAGCGGAGACCGCGAAGCUUCAGCAAGUGGUGGAGAUGGAGAAGCAGAGGAUGAAAUUCGCCAAGGAGAUGGAAUUGCAGAGGAUGCAAUUUUUCAUGAAGACUGAGCUGGAGAUUUCACAGUUGAAGCAAGGGAAAAAAAGUGCUGGAAUCUGCAACUCUGAUCGAGACAAGUUUGUUAUGAAGGGAAUCGAUGUCGAGACAGAGUCGGAGUGAGUUUUUACUUCAAAAGUCAUGACAGAUUUGAGACAAGUGAAAUACCAUCAAACUUGAGGUAUUGGUAGGCAAGGAGAAUGCGAGUAAUUACAAGGGAUUUUAUAGGGGUGAAAGAGCAGGAGGAGCAAUGGUGGUUGCAAACGCAAAUGAAGAACCUAUGGCAAGACAUGGCAAAUCAUCAAC